AUGGGUCGUCUGGCUCAGAAGGACACGGAGCUGACUGCGGCGCCGCCUCCCACGGCGCUGAGCAAGGUGCCGUAUGGUGCCAGUCCGAUGAUUCGCAAGGACCGGCGACAGAGCUCGUCCCGUUUCAACCUGCCGCGGAACAGGGAGCUGGAAAAGCUGCCGAGCUUCAAAGAUCCGCCAGUGUUGCGUGCUGUCGACUUCAUCUCGGACCCCCUCUCCGACCUGAAGUGGAAGGAGGUGAAGCGGCAGGCGCUGCAGGAGAUGAUCGAGUACGUCACCACGCAGCGCGGCGUCAUCACCGAGAACAUCUACCCGGAGGUCGUCCAGAUGGUGACGAUGAACCUGUUCCGGACGCUGCCGCCGUCGUCCAACCCGUCCGGUGCCGAGUUUGAUCCGGAGGAGGACGAGCCGACGCUGGAGGCGGCCUGGCCUCAUCUUCAGCUCAUAUACGAGUUCCUGUUGCGCUUCCUCGAGUCAGCUGACUUCCAAGCCAACGUGGCCAAGCGCUACAUUGACCAAAGUUUGUGCUUCAGCUUCUGGACUCAUUCGACUCAGAGGACCCAAGGGAAAGGGACUUUUUGAAGACAACGCUGCAUCGUAUUUACGGCAAGUUCCUGGGACUCCGCGCGUACAUCCGAAAACAGAUCAACAACAUAUUUUAUAGGUGAGUACAAGUCUGGAUUCGUCCGGUGUCGUGUUUACCUUUUGUCGCGUUCCUUGUCUGAUGGAUUUUGCGCUCCUGGUCUCUUAACGUUUGGUGAGCAGUUCGCGGCAUGGAGAAACGAUCAGACCGUGUCUUUUUUCUGUCAGCUUAACGUAUCUUUGCUCAGCCAGCUCAAUUGUAAAUGGGAUGAGAUGCCUUUACCCAAUGCCAUGAUGAAAUGUUAAAUGCCACAACACCAAAAAAUAUCAU